CUCCAUUUACUUCUCCAAGCUUGCGCUUGUACUGCGCUUUCACAUUGACGAUGGCCGGUGACCCCCGUGCGAAUGCUACUUCACCUCACAGCAAGAAAACCCAUAAGCGGAAGAGAGAUCUAGAUGCCUCCGCUGCCACCACAUCGACUGCGACGCCCACCAAGAAGUCAAAGAAAACCCAAAGCCCGUCGGAAACCCCUAUCUCCGCCAAAAGCAAACGGAAGAACAGAAGAGAGGUCGAAGACCCUGUCGAUGGGAGUGUUCAAGAGGAUGCGACCCCGAAGAAAAGUGCUGUCUCGCCGGCUAGCGGCAAGACAACAACCCCAAAUGAAGAUGUUGGAGACGCUAGGGGAAAGAAGAAAUCGAGGAAAGACAAGCGGAAAUCUUCAGGAAAUGAUAACGAAUCGCUUGGUGAUGCUACGGAUCUAACAAAGGAUGCAAAGGAUGCAAAGAAGAGAAAGGACAAUGCUGAAACUUCGGAGUCGCGCAGAGAGGCAGCGGCAACAGACUCUGCACCCAGCGAAGAUGAGAAGUCGAAGCCGGCCAAGAAUAAGUUCUCUGGGGUCCUGUCGAAAUUUGAAAGAUCGACCAAGGUCAAAGAGUCGGCCAAGGUGAAGGAAGAUCAGCCGGACGAGACCGAAGAAACAGGACCAGAACCCGUCAUUGCCCAGGGUCUGGAACCACUACCUCAACCGGAGCCUGUGCCUGAACAAGUCGAGAAGCCCACGUACUCUUCACUUCCUUCGUGGCUGGCCAAUCCUCUCCGUACAUCGACUGAAGCAAAGGGCAAGUUUGCUGACCUUGGCAUCGAACCUAAUCUUCUACGCACACUCGAAAACAAUGGGUACAAGGAGGCGUUUGCGGUGCAGUCAACGGUGAUUCCACUACUUCUCAAGGGACCCAAGAGCCAUCGGGGUGAUCUGUGUAUUUCGGCUGCUACUGGGUCGGGAAAGACCUUGUCUUACGUGCUUCCAAUGGUGACUGCCAUGGAACAAUUGCCAGCUCCCAGGCUCCGAGGUUUAAUCGUGGUGCCCACCAGAGAGCUAGUCAAGCAAGCCCGAGAAGCGUCUGAGCUCUGCGCUGCAGGCUCGGGUCUCCGAGUUGCCUCGGCUGUGGGCAAUGUAGCGAUCAAGGAUGAGCAGCGCUCGUUAAUGCGUGUCGACCAGGUUCACGGCCCGGAGAAAUUCAAGCUACGGCAGCAGGACCAAUUGACACCCGAUGACUGGACGAAUUUCAGCCUGAAGGACUAUAUUGCCGACGCAGGAGAGCAAAGCGAGUCAUUGCCUGGCUACAUCCAAAAGACCGAGGCGAACGUCGACAUUCUGAUCUGCACGCCGGGUCGUCUUGUCGAUCAUCUACGUUACACAAAAGGGUUCACCCUCAAAGAUCUGGAAUGGCUUGUCAUCGAUGAAGCUGAUCGGCUAUUGAACGAGAGCUUCCAAGAAUGGGUUGAAGUGGUGAUGGAUUCGCUGGAUUCGCGAAAGGCGACAGACGCUUUCGGCUUCAGCGGGAAGUUUACGGCAGAUGUUGGCCUUCCUAUUCAUACUAGAGAACCCAAAAAGGUGAUUCUCAGUGCCACUAUGACAAGGGACAUUACGAAGCUCAAUACUCUUCGGCUUGUCCACCCCAAGUUGGUCCUUGUCGGGCAAGAGUCGGGUCCCGCUGGGGAGAACGAAGACGAGAUGGCUGUCGAUCGCCCGGAUGAUAGGUUUAUUCUUCCCCACACCCUCAAAGAGUUCACGGUGUCUGUGGGAGAUGAAUCGCAGAAGCCGCUCUAUCUUUUGCGCCUCUUACUCUCGAACAUUAAUAUCAGCAGCGAUGCCAACCAGGAACCCAGCAUUGAUAGCGCGAAGUCGGAUACGAGCUCAGACUAUACCAGCUCCGAGGGCUCCGACUCUGAGGAUUCUGACUCCGAUGACACAAGCUCCGAUGGCUCAUCUUCUGACGAGUCCGAUGAGGGCUCUUCGGAGGAUAGCUCAUCUGACAGCGACUCUGAGUCCGAGGAUGAAGUGAUGCAAGAUAAGCCUAGCCGUUCUGCGGAGUCCAGCGUCUUGAUCUUCACAAAGUCAUCUGAGUCUGCAUCUCGACUUUCCCGCCUGUUGGCUCUGCUUGAUCCAUCAUUAGCCAGUCGCAUCGGAACCAUCAUCAAAUCCAACAACUCUUCGGCGUCGCGCAAGACGCUAACCGCCUAUCGCCAAGGCAAGAUAUCCAUCAUCAUCGCUACGGACCGUGCUUCUCGUGGUCUUGAUCUGCAAUCGCUAUCGCACGUGAUCAACUAUGAUGUGCCACCCAGCGUCACCACAUACGUCCACCGCGUGGGUCGUACGGCACGAGCUGGUCGGGAAGGCUCGGCAUGGACACUCGUCGCUCAUCGGGAAGGCAGAUGGUUUGGAAAUGAGAUCUCUCGCUCCAUUGAUGGUAAAAUCACCCGGUUUACCAAGGUGGAGAAGGUGAGCGUGAAGCUUGAUGACAUGAAGGCCGUCAAGUCGAGGUACGGAGCGGCACUGGAAGCUCUUGGGGAGGAAGUGAAAAGGGGAGGUAUGGUGAAGUCUAGCAAAACGAACGCGUGAAACGCGAUUGAUACCAAUGCUUGAGUUUUCGACCAAUUCACUUCUAUCAUGUUAUUAUAGAACUC